UUUGCUCAUGCAUGCAGUGUGGUAAGUUGUUGCCAUUCGGACCUCAACUCCACCCACCUCGUCGAGUGCUAACGGAAAAACUAAAGGAAAAUACCAAUAAAGUAAACGAAAACGAAAACAAUGCUUAAGGCCGUAAAGAAAACGACGGAGGUAAACAAAUCGAAAUUAAAAGUUACGGCUAGUAAUGGCGACGAGACCAACAGCAACAGCAACAACAACAGCAACAGCAGCAACAACAACGAGAACAACAGCGCCUCAGAGUUGACCAUAAAACACGGCUCCAUCUCUGGCCAAAAAGCAGAAGUCGCACCAAAUGAGAGUCCCCCAUUGAAGAAGCUGAGCCUGAAGGGCAACCAACUGUGCGGCAGCAUUUUAAUAGGCAAUUACAACUACCUGACCCAAUUGGAGGUGUGCGAGAACGAAAUGGAAGUCUUGGACCUGAGCACCUUGGCACAGUUGGAGACGCUGAAGUGCAGCCGCAACAAGCUGAUUGAGCUCAUCAUAAAUGGCACCAGUCUGCAGACCCUUAUAGCGGAUCAUAACUGUCUGCAGAGCAUCUGCAUAUCGAAGUCGGUGCCAGAGAAGCUGCUGCAGCUGGACAUCUCUCACAACUACCUGAGCGCGCUGCCCCAGUGGAUCGGUGGCUGCGUGGCCUUGGAGACGCUCAGCGCCACGCACAAUCACUUGAGCCACAUCAAGGAGCUGCUGAGGAAUUACCGCAUCAGGUGCCUGCGCUCGCUGAAUCUCGCCUACAAUGCGCUGCAGCAGCUGGACUAUUUGCCGGAGGCCUUCUGCAGCGUGACGCAGCUGCAGCUGCAGAGCAACGAGCUGCAGCGGCUGCCGGACAACUUCUUUGCCGUGACCCAUGGCCAGCUGAGCUCGCUGAACGUCGCGUGCAAUCGACUGGCGCAGCUGCCGCGCUAUGAGCAGAAUAACAAUGCGGCACUGGAGGAGCUCUGCCUGACGGGCAACCAGCUGAAUGACAGCAUAUUCGAGCCGCUGCUGCACGCGGGCAGGCUGAAGGUGCUGCGACUGGCCCACAAUCGCCUGGGCGUGCUGCCAGCGGAGUGCGUGCGCAGCUGGCCGGAGCUGGAGGUGUUGGUGCUGUCGGGCAACAUGCUGCAGCAGCUGCCGGAUCAGGUGUCCGGCUUGAGUCAGCUCAAGGUGCUGCGCUGCUGCAACAAUCUGCUGCUCAGCACGCCGCAGCUGUCGAAGCUGAGCAAGCUGAAGAUCCUCGACCUGGCGCACAAUCACUUGGAUCGCAUCAAUCUGCUGUCGCUGGUGCCCUCGCGCAAUCUCAAAUAUCUGGACUUGUCGGGCAAUCUGCAGCUGCAGGUGGAUGAGCAGCAGCUGAAGGUCUGCCAGACGCAGAGUCAACGUGUCUGGAGCCUGGUCGAUGUCUCUGGCAACAAUCGCGCCGCCUUGCCCACCAGCACACGCCGCCUGCCCGUGGAGUAUAGCAAAGCGUCUGCACAGAAGACCAAGUCCCUGCCCUGGUCCUUGGGCUUUGCCGAAACGCCAGGCGAUGCACGCAAGCUGCUCGUCACUCAGCUGCGCGCGAGCCAGUUCAAUGGCAGCGAGGAGGCGCUCCUUGGCAUGUUCGAGUCGCAGACGGAUGCGCGACAGGCACAGCAAAUGGCGCAACUGGUGCCCGGCCUGCUCAAGCAGGAGCAGUCCCUCAAGGACUCCCCGCUCAACGACUACAUGAAGUACACGCUGCUGACGGCGCAACGGCAGUGCGGUGGAUGCCUGCGCAAUGCCACGCUCCUCCACCUCCUGCGGCAGCCCUCAAAGGUGCGCGCGCUCAAGUCCAAGCGCUAUAUCUUGCGCCUGGCCCACCUGGGGCACUUUGAUGCAUACCUGGUGCGACGCACAACCCAUCUGCGGCUCACUGAGUCGCAGGCCGACUGCGAUAGCCAUAAAUGCAACCAGGCAUCCCACACGCUGCCCGAUCCCGAGCUACUCGAGAUCACGCUGAGCAACGACGAUGAGUACCUGGUGCUGGGCAAUGAGCAGCUGUGGGCCGUGAUGGACAUUGCGCGUGCGGCACGGGAGAUCCGCAAGGAGGAGAAUGCUCUGUUGGCGGCCAAGCGACUGCUGGAAAUAGCGCAGAGCUUUGGCGCGACGGCGAAUCUGAGCGUGAUUGUGGUGCGCUUCAGUCACCUGAGCACCGACGUGGAUCAUCUGAUACGUGAGCUGAAGCAGAGCGUGCGCAAGAAGCCGGCGCUGGUGCCGCCGCAGCAGCCGGCCAGCCUGGCCGUGAGCAAGCGCACCUGCUGCGAUCGGAGUAAUGCGUGCCGGCAUCGCACCUUGGAGCAGGAGCUGCUGGCUGGCCGCUCCUCGCCCAGUGGCCAGAGCAAUCCGGAUUUGCUGAGCAAAGAUGCGACGGUGGCUAAGGACGAGUUCAUAUUGGCGCAUGCGCGCGUCCUGCAGGAGGAGCAGCAGCUGGAGAUGCUCGACGAAACGGAGUCCGUUCUGUCCGAGGAGCAAUUCAAGUGCUGGGAAUACAUGCUCGAGCAGAACACCCAGCUGCUGUUCGACAAGGAGCUGAACACCAUCUCGAAGUCAUUCUCCAAGCAGCGACUGCCCACAGCCAAGCUGACAGCGGCCGAUGGCAACGAUCUGAAGUCGAAUCUCAUACGCAACGUGGCCAACAAGUUCAUCUCGAGCAGCACGCCCCAGCUGACCCAGGCGCACGUGCCACUGAGUGCCUAUCAGCCUAUCAUGAAGCAGCUGCCCACCGAGUACUUUGGCAGCAUGCGCUCCUUCCAGCAGUCGCCCAACUAUGGCUACAAUCUCUUCGACGGCAAGUCACGGGAUGCCUACGCGAAGCUGGGCGGCGGGCCGCAUGCCGCCUACUUCGGUUCCCUGCAGCGACGUAUGCCCUGCAAUCUGGAAUACGACUUCCCAGUGACGCAGGAGAGGGAUCACAAUAUUCUGGACGAGGAGGAGCUGGACGAGGAUGGCUUUACGGAGCACGAGAGUCGCAUGCGCAAGUACUGGGGCGUGGCCACCACAGAGCUGUAGGAGAAGGUCUCUUAUCUAUAUUA